CUUCGAGAAAUCAUCAAUGGCGGAUACAGAAACUAUUCGACUCGAAGACAUCUGAAAGAGAGAGAGAUGAGUAUUCAAAUUUGUAAUUUCCCGUUCCAUCCUAAAUUCGCGCUACAACCUCGCGCCCAAAGGUCAACACGAAUCUUCGCUCGUACAGAGAACGAUUCUCCACAAUCAAAGACAUCUGAUCAACAACUCAAUCUCUCUGUUCUUCGCUUCACUUUUGGAAUUCCUGGGUUUGACGAAUCUUAUCUACCGAGAUGGAUCGGGUACGGCUUUGGAUCACUUCUUCUUCUUAACCACUUCUCAGCUUCUGCUCCAAUCAGUGAAUCUCAAAUGAGAUCAGAGGCUUUGGGUUUAUCACUAGCUGCAUUUUCAAUAGCUUUACCUUACAUUGGAAAAUUCCUUAAGGGUUCUGUAGUGGAGCAGAGAAGUCUCCCUGAAGAAGGAGAGCAGGUUUUUGUGAUAUCAUCAAAUAUUGGAGAUUCUUUGAAAGAGGAUUUAGCAUGGGCAACGUAUGUUUUGUUGAGGAAUACAAGUACUAUAGCUGUGUUGAUAUCGGUUCAAGGCGAGCUUUGUGUUCGCGGGUACUGGAAUUGUCCAGAUCAAAUGUCAAAGGCUCAACUUCAUGAUUGGUUUAAGAAAAAAGUGGAUGAGAUUGGCUUGGCUGAUGUGAAGGAGACCCUUUAUUUCCCUCAGUAUGCAGGUUCUGCACUAUCUUUGGAUAUACUUCCUGAUGGGACGCGUUCUCUUUUUGUGCAACCUCUCGUACAAAAUACAAAUGAACCGCAGAAAGUGAAUGGGUUUUUGCUGGUGGCCUCUACUGCUGGAUAUGCAUAUAGCGAUAAAGAUAGAGCCUGGAUUGGAGCUAUGGCUGAGAAAUUCAGAGGAUGACAUGAGCUGUUCAUGAUGAUGUUAUCUUUGACUGGUGAAACACUUCAGUUCCUACAGAAAUUUCUCGAGGCCAUAAACCAGAUUCUGGAAAACCAAAGAGAAUAAUGGCAAGUGAUUAGAUAACAGUAAGAGAUUAAUGGAUGGAGAAUUCUUGCUUGUUUCCAUGUUACCUUGAGGCGUACCACCUUUCUGAUUGCUAGGAGUAGGCCGGGCAUUAGGGACCUUACGUCAAUUAUGUCAUGUUUAACAGUGUAAACCUGUGGACAGCAUUUUGUAUCAGAAGAAUUUUAAUGAGCUAUGUAGCCUAAAUUUUAAAAUAGAGUAUCCAAUUUUCAGUUUGAUUUUGAGUGAUCUAACAAGAGGUCAAGUAUUAUUAAUUACGUCUCCUGGACUUGAGAAGUAGACUUGUGUACUAGAUGGUAGUCCUGGUAGAACCAUACUGUGAACACGAACCCCGUCUUCUCCGAUUACUUGACCUCUUGCCUGGAAAUAUGUGGAAAACUCAGCUUUGUUUAUGUAUAAUAU